UUGUUAUUCUUAUUUAAUAGGGAUAUCAUCUGCCACUCAGGAUACAAGCCAUUUGAGCAUAAGGACUAUGGAAAGAUGCAGUUUACCUCUCUUUCUCCAACAACAGUUAGAGGAUAUAUGAAUAGACUUCAUGAAUAUGACAUGAAUUUACAAGCACUUGGUGUUCCAACUACAGUGGGAAUGCAUCAACAGACUUACAAUGGAGAAAAGUCUUAUGAGUACCAGGAAUAUGGGAAUUCUUUUGUUUAUCCUGGUUCACUUUGCAUAUGUAGUGUGAAUCACACUGUAAGAAAAUGUUAUGAAUGCACUCAGUGUGGUAAAGCUCUGAGUUCUCUUCAAAGACAUGAAAAAACUCAUCUUGGAAGAGGAAUUGAUAAAUGUGAGCCAUGUACUGAAGGCUUUAACCAUCACACGUAUUUUCAAACACACAAAAGAACCAAUAAUGAAGAGGAUACCUAUGAAUAUAAUCAAUGUGAUAAAGCCUUUAGAUCUGAUUCUUCCUUACACCAAAGACCUCAUUUGGAAGUAGCACCCUAUAAAUAUUAUCAGUAUGAAAAAGACUUUGCACAUCACAAUUGUCUUCAAAAACAUAGAACUCAUACUGGAGAGAAACCUUAUGAAUGUAAUCAAUGUGGUAAAGCCUUUGCAAGUCGCCAUAAUCUUAAAAUGCAUGAAAGAAUUCAUACUGGAGAGAAACCCUAUGCAUGUAAUCAAUGUGGUAAAGCCUUUACACUUUACACAAAUCUUCGCAAACAUGAAAAAAUUCAUACUGGAGAGAAACCCUAUGAAUGUAGUCAGUGUGGUAAAGCCUUUGCACGUCGAAAUGAACUUCAAGUACAUGAAAGAAUUCAUACUGGAGAGAAACCCUAUGAAUGUAGUCAGUGUGGUAAAAAGCCUUUUGCAAGUCGGAUAAUCUUCAAACACAUGAAGAACUCACACUGGAGAGAAAACCUUGUUUAUGUAAUCAGUGUGGUAAAAGCCUUUGCAUAAGCGACGUCUUCUUCAAAUUCAUGAAAGAAUUCAUACUGGAGAGAAACCCUAUGCAUGUAAUCAAUGUGGUAAAGCCUUCACACAUUUUCCAAGUCUUCACAAUCA